GAGCAUUAUAAAUUAGAUGGGAAUAUAAUAAUAGCAGCCUUAAAUCAAGCUGGAGACGUAGGCCCCAGACCUUUGAAAAUAGAAUUACUUGAAAACAACAGGUUCUUACCAAAACUAUCAGAAGCAUUACAAUUACAUUUUCCGGAUUCUUGUAUUUCUUUAUUGACGGGACAAUGGGUGAAUGG